AUGUCAUUGCGUCAUGAUCUUACUUUGCAACAGAAAAUUGAAUUAAUUAAUGAUAAUAGGAAUGGGAAUGGUUUAUCUCAACGUGAACUAGCUGGAAAAUACAAUAUUUCGCUUGGUUCUGUAUCAAAUGUAUUAAAACGUAAAGCAGAAUAUUUAAAUGAUUAUGAAACAAAUCAGAAUCAAAAUGUUAAACGAAAAUUAAUGGAUGUGAAUUCACAAAAACUCGAUGAAGAAGUAUAUGAAUGGUUUGUACAACAACGUUCAAAAAACAUACCAAUAUCAGGACCAAUUUUACAAGAAAACAAAAAGACAAACGACAUUAGAAGAUUUUUUUCAACAAAACUAAGCCCUGUCUUGUAUUUAAAAAUUUUUCAACAAAAAACAUUUAAAUGA